CGCCACAUAAAACAGAAAGCCAAGGAAUCUUCACUAUGGCAAAUAAAAAUAAAGAGAUUUUAAAGGCCCCUGGACCUGCAAUUCAGGAUUUGAUUGAAGCUGUACGGAUCCGACCACAUAUUUGGAACACUUCGCACAGGGAUUAUUCAAAUCGGUACCUACGCGUCGAGACCUGGAAACAAAUUGCUCAAGAGCUGUGCACAAAUUAUGGAACGGCUACCACAAAAGACGCGCAAGACGAAAUUAUUAAAUCCUUAAGAACUCGCUGGGGUUCUGUAAGAAGUCAGAAGAUGAAGAAAUCAAACGUUCCCUAUAUAUACGACGACAUAUUAAGUUUUUUGAUUGUCGAUAAGCCAGAGAAAGGAGUUCCUUCUCAGCCAGAGAAGGAACUCCCUUCUCUGGCUGGGACGAGUGUCCCAGAGGAGGAAUUCGAUCCAGAGGGAGAAUUCGAUCCAUGGAUGCUCUUCGAGUCAGAAAUGAACACAAACGAAGUCACACCGAGGGGUCAACAACAAAACUCGGGACAAAAAUCGGGAGAUAAACGACGCUGCGAGGAAAACAACAACCCCGAGGUGGAAAUUAAGUUGGAAAUCAAAGAAGAAAAACUUAUAGCGUCACAUCAAGAACCAGACUCUACACACACCCUGCAGAAAAAUGCAGACAUCUCAUUAGUAGACAACUUAUUGCCAGUUGAAAACCAUUGUGAGACUAUUACAACAGUGCAUGUGCCGAUAAGCGACAUGCAUAAUUAUAGCGCAGUGGAUGCUGCUCCUGAUAAGCCGUAUACACAUGCCGUAAUGAAUGGUGAUCCUGACAAGACGUUCUUCAAUUCUACAAUAAAGCCACAUAUGCAACGCAUGAGCGCGGAUGUAAAACUGGACUUUCACUUUGAGGUCUUAAAACUACUUCGCAACCUUAGACCUGGACCUACAACCAAUUAAAUUUAAAAUUAAGUCAUUAAAAUGCCUAAAAGCACAUAGUAUGAAUCAUUGUAUUCUUGUUGGCAUUAUGUUUUUCUGUUAAGUCUGAUUGUAUUUAAUCUUAAGGACUUUAUGUUUGUGAA